ACCAAGCUCGACUUCCACGGUUUAACAGCGCCGUGCGGGAUUAAUGCGCCGCUAUCGGGCGGAUCGAUAAACGGGCCGGUUAUUAAACCGAACUGAUGGGUUUGAUGGGGUUCACAGGGCGGAGUCUGCGGGCUGGCUGAGCUGAUGGUUAGAGAUGGAGUCUGAGUUGCUGAUUGGCUGGGAGGAGGAGCGUGCGGAGCUGAGGGCGGAGUUAUCUCAGCUGGAGGAGGAGCUCGCGGAGAGCCGGGCGGAGAGGGAGGAGCUUCAGUCCCGGACGCAGGCGCUGACUGAGCGGCUGUCUCGGACUGUGGACCCGUCAGUGUCUGUGCUGAUGGAUGGUGAUCAGAGGGAGUGGAGGAGGAGAGUGAGAGAGGGACGAGAGAGAGAAGCUCGACAGGCUCUGCUGAUCCACAAACUCCAGAACAAGGUGCUGGAGUACAGAGCGCGCUGUGAGCGGCUGGAGCAGCAGGUUCAGUCAGAGGAGAGAGAGCGCAGGGCGAGAGAGAGAGCGUUGCGGGAUGAGCACAGCAACACUCUGGAGAGCGCCCUCAUCAGGCUGGAGGAGGAACAGCAGAGGAGUGUAGCGCUGGUGGAGGUGAACGCUUUACUGCGCUCUCAGCUCGGCCAAUCAGCAGAGGCCAACCAAACCCUGCAGGAUGACCUCAGGAAGCUGACAGCUGAUUGGUCUAAGGCAGUGGAGGAGGCGGGGCAAAGGGAGAUUGACUGGCACAAAGAGAAAGAGGCUCUGGUUGGCUGUGUAUCUGCAGAGCGGUCCAGGCUGAUGAUGCUGUGGGGUAAAGCCGUGUCUCUGAGGCGACAGUGCCACGCUGUGAAAACCGCCACCGACAAGGACUUGUGGGAAUUGAGGGCAGAGUUUUCCCGUCUGUCGUCUUCGUUUUUCUCUCUGUGUGUUCCUCCGGCGGUCUCUCGUCCAGCUCCACUGUCCUCCUCCACGGAGCCCAUGACUCUGGAGGAACUGGACCACGAAAUGUCCAGCACUAACCAGGAUGUCCAGGAAGGUCACGCGCAGGAGCUGAGGGACAGGAUUGAUGAGUUAACGCUGACUGUAAAAGCUCUGGAGAGUGAGAGACAGAGGCAGGAGGAGGAGAGAGAGAGGAGACAAAGGUAUCAGGAGGAGGAGCGAAAGAGGAGGUUGAGGGAUGAGGAGGAGGAGAGAGAGAAACACAGAGAGACGGAGAGAAACCUGGAAUCAGUCCAGCAGGCCGUCAGAAAGCUGUACAGGGUGCUCGGUUCCCAGAAGAUGGAACGACAGUCCAGUGUGAGUGACCUGUCUGAUGGUCUGCCUGCUCUGCUGACCAUCAUUGCUCGGGCUGAGAGCGCUCUCCAUUGCAAACACCAGGAACUGCAGGAGGCUGAGGGGACGGUGCGCAGGAUGAAGCUGGAGACGCAGUCACUGGACCAGCGAAUCACAGAGCUGGAGAGAGAGAGGGCGGAGUUAGAGGAUCAGCUCAGAGACAGGGAGGCGGAGUUACAGCGCACACACACUCAACUCAACAGUGAGAGGGACAGUGCAGUGGCUCUACAGAAGCAGCUGGAGGAGUCCGAGCAGCGUGAGGAGGAUCUGAGGAGAGACAAUGAGCGACUGAUUGAGAGGAGAGAGCGAGAGGAGGAGGAGAGGAGUGAGCUGGAGAGAGAGAGACAGAGGCGUGUGGAGGCGGAGCUCCUGGAGAACGCCCAGCUGUGCGAGAGAGAGAGCCGCAGUCGUGUGGAGCUGCACGGCCUGCAGGGGGUGCUGGAGCGAGAGCGGAUGGACAGAUCGAGGGCUGAGAGAGAGUCGGAGGAGAAUAAGGACGCUCUGCUGAAGGCUCGUCAGUCUCUGGUGUCUCUCUCCUCUGCUCACACUUUGCUGAAGAAAGAAGCUGCAGAUGUUAGAGAUGCUCUGGAGAAGAUGUCCUCCUUAAAUGAAGCUCUGGUUCUAGACAAGAGGGAACUCAACACCCGUAUCCUGCAGCUGGAGGAGGAGGCGUCUGAAGCUCAGGUCCAGCUGCAAAAGUUGGGGUCGGAGGUGGCGGCUUUGCAGAGGGAGCUGAAGGCUGUUACCAUGGAAACAACAGAGUUAAGGGCUGGCAGGGAGGUGGAGCUGGACGCCCUUCAGCAGCUCCGAGACAGAGAGAGAGAACUGCAGAGAGACAUUCAGACUCUGAGGGAGGAGAGAGAGAGAGAGACCUCCGCUCUGACUGAGGAGAGAGAGAGGAGUGAUCAGCUGAGUGCUCAGUACAGGGUGGUGUGUGAUGAGCUCUGUAAAGCUGAGGCAGAGCUGGGGCGAGCGGUGGAGCGAGAGAGGAGAGUGCAGAGAGAGAGAGAGGAGGUGGAGAGAGAGAGAGAUCAGCUGGAGGAGAGGGUGAGCACUGUGGAGAGAGAGAAGGAGGAGAUACAGCAGCACGCAGAGGAGCUCAGGGAUGUGAGGGCGAGUCUGCAGCAGCAGCUGGGUGCCCUUCACGAUGGUGUCUCCACUGUGGAGGUUCAGCGCUCACAGCUCCAGCUGCAGAUCCACACGCUGCUGCAGGCUAAAGACGUUCUUCAGGGUGAGAUUGAGUGCGUUCGGGCGGAGCUGGAGCGAGAGACGGCGCUGAGAGAGCAGGAGAGGGAGCGAGUGAGGGAGGAGAGGAGGAGGACAGAGACAGAGAAGGAGGAGAGUGAGGCAGAGCUGAAGAAGCUGCAGAGAGAAGCUGAGCAGCUCAGGAUGAAGGAGGCCGAGCGAGAGAGAGAGAGGGAAACGUGGCAAAGGGAGAGAGAGGAGCUGAGCGCCGAACUGGGGCUGAAGGAUGGAGAGAUGGAGGCCCUGAAGAACAGGAUGGAGGGAUUGAUGAAGGAAAACAAAGAGCUGUCCGAACUGAUGGAUGAAAAGAUGACAGAAAUGGAGCAACUUCAGAUCAGACAUGCUUCGGAGCAGAGAGCGGCCGAGACAAGGCAGCAGGAAUCGAGGGAUGAAGCAGGGAGAUGGAGGGAGAGAGUGGAGGAGGUCCAGGGAGAGAACCAGAGGCUCCUAGAACGAGUGGAGCGAGAGAACGAAAACCUCAAAACCAGUGAAAUGGAGAAGGCAGAGAUGGCUGAUCUCCUCAGAGAGAAGGAAGGAGAGAUAGAAAAGAAAGAGAAGAAGUUAAACGAGUACAUAAACACAGUCAAACUGCAGAAUGGAGUGAUAGAAAGAGUGAGAGCUCAGCUGAAAGAUGGAGAGAAAGAAAGAGAGAUACUAGAGAGAAGAGUGGCCAUUCUGGAGGAGCUGAAGGAGGAGGAACGACAGAAAGAGAGGGAGAUGAAAGAGAGAGAGCUGAAAGAGAAGGAUGCAGAACUGGAGGAGCUGAAAGAACGAGUGGAAGAAGUGAUGAAGGAGAAGAAACGUGUCUCCAGGCAGCUGGAGGAAAAAGAGGAGCAGACGGAAAACCUGCAGAAGAACUGGACGAGAGAGAAGGAAGAUCUGGAACUCAUGGUCAGAGAAGCAAGAGAUGAGAUAGAGAGAUGUAGGGAGAGAAAGGAGGAGGUCCAGGGAGAGAACCGGAGGCUCCUAGAACGAAUGGAGCGAGAGGGCGAAAACCUGAAAACGAGUGAAAUGGAGAAGGCAGAGAUGGCUGAUCUCCUCAGAGAGAGGGAAGGAGAGAUAGAAAAGAAAGAGAAGGAGUUAGACGAGUACAUAAACACAGUCAAACUACAGAAUGGUGUGAUAGAGAGAGUGAGAGCUCAGCUGAAUGAUGGAGAGAAAGAAAGAGAGAUACUGGAAAGAAGAGUGGCCACUCUGGAGGAGCUGAAGGAGACGAAAGAAGAAGAAAGACGGAGUGAGAGGGAGAUGAAAGGGAGAGAGCUGAGAGAGAAGGAUGCAGAACUGGAGGAGCUGAAAGAACGAGUGGAAGAAGUGAUGAAGGAGAAGAAAUACGUCUCCAGGCUGCUGGAGGAACGAGAGGAGCAGACGGAGAACCUGCAGAAGAACUGGACGAGAGAGAAGGAAGAUCUGGAACUCAUGGUUAGAGAAGCAAGAGAUGAGAUAGAGAGAUGUAGGGAGAGAAAGGAGGAGGUCCAGGGAGAGAACCGGAGGCUCCUAGAACGAAUGGAGCGAGAGGGCGAAAACCUGAAAACGAGUGAAAUGGAGAAGGCAGAGAUGGCUGAUCUCCUCAGAAAGAGGGAAGGAGAGAUAGAAAAGAAAGAGAAGAAGUUAGACGAGUACAUAAACACAGUCAAACUGCAGAAUGGAGUGAUAGAGAGAGUGAGAGCUCAGCUAAAAGAUGGAGAGAAAGAAAGAGAGAUACUGGAAAGAAGAGUGGCCACUCUGGAGGAGCUGAAGGAGGAGGAACUACAGAAAGAGAGGGAGGUGAAAGAGAGAGAGCUGAGAGAGAAGGAUGCAGAACUGAAAGAACGAGUGGAAGAAGUGAUGAAGGAGAAGAAAUGUGUCUCCAGGCUGCUGGAGGAACGAGUGGAGCAGACGGAGAACCUGCAGAAGAACUGGAUGAAGGAGAAGGAAGAUCUGGAACUCGAAGCCAGAGAAGCAAGGGAUGAGAACCGGAGGCUCCUAGAACGAGUGGAGCAAGAGGGUGAAAACCUAAAAAUGAGUGAAAUGGAGAAGGCAGAGAUGGCUGAUCUCCUCAGAAAGAGGGAAGGAGAGAUAGAAAAGAAAGAGAAGAAAUUAGACGAGUACAUAAACACAGUCAAACUGCAGAAUGGAGUGAUAGAGAGAGUGAGAGCUCAGCUAAAAGAUGGAGAGAAAGAAAGAGAGAUACUGGAGAGAAGAGUGGCUGUUCUGGAGGAGCUGAAGGAGGAGGAACUACAGAAAGAGAGGGAGAUGAAAGAGAGAGAGCUGAGAGAGAAGGAUGCAGAACUGAAAGAACGAGUGGAAGAAAUGAUGAAGGAGAAGAAAUGCAUCUCCAGGCUGCUGGAGGAACGAGAGGAGCAGACGGAGAACCUGCAGAAGAACUGGAUGAAGGAGAAGGAAGAUCUGGAACUUGAAGCCAGAGAAGCAAGGGAUGAGAACCGGAGGCUCCUAGAACGAGUGGAGCAAGAGGGUGAAAACCUAAAAACGAGUGAAAUGGAGAAGGCAGAGAUGGCUGAUCUCCUCAGAAAGAGGGAAGGAGAGAUAGAAAAGAAAGAGAAGAAAUUAGACGAGUACAUAAACACAGUCAAACUGCAGAAUGGAGUGAUAGAGAGAGUGAGAGCUCAGCUAAAAGAUGGAGAGAAAGAAAGAGAGAUUCUAGAGAGAAGAGUGGCCACUCUGGAGGAGCUGAAGGAGGAGGAACGACAGAAAGAGAGGGAGAUGAAAGAGAGAGAGCUGAGAGAGAAGGAUGCAGAACUGGAGGAGCUGAAAGAACGUGUGGAAGAAGUGAUGAAGGAGAAGAAAUGCGCCUCCAGGCUGCUGGAGGAACGAGAGGAGCAGACGGAGAACCUGCAGAAGAACUGGACGAGAGAGAAGGAAGAUCUGGAACUCGUGGCCAGAGAAGCGAGGGAUGAAAUGGAGCUGUGGAAGAGGAGAGCAGGUGAAAUGGAGAGAGAGAAGGAGGGAGCGAACCGAAUGCUGCUGGAGCGAGUGGAGAGAGAGAGGGAUGAGCUCAGAGCGGUGGAAGGAGAGAGGGAUGAGCUGACAAAGCGGUUGGGCGAGAGGGAGAAACAGAUAGAGAAGAAAGAGGAGGAGAAUGAAGAGCUGCAGUCUACAGUCCGGUCAUUAGAGGGAGAGAUGGAGGGAUUAGAGAGGGAAGUGAAGGAGAAGGAAAGAUUAGAAAAACGAGUGAUGGUGUUAGAAGAGGAAAACACAAAGCUGAAAGAAAGAGAGAGAGAGAGAAUUAGAGAGUGGAGCAGGAUGGAGGAAGACCACCAAGAAGGAGAAAACAGAAUGAGAAAUGAUUUAGAGAGGAGGGGUGGAGAGGUAGAGGAGCUCAGGAGCAGGAUGGAGAGAAUAAUGGAGGAGAAGAACGAGGCGGUGGAUAGACUGAGUGCUGAAUUAGAGGAACUUAGAUUGAGAAUGAAGGAGAAAGAGGAGAAAUGGAAGAAGUUGGUGGAGGAGAUGGAUGAGGAGAGGAUAAGAGUGGAGGAGAGGAGGAAAAGAGGGGAUGUGGAGAGAAAGGAGAGAGAGGAAAAGCUGAAAGGAGAGAUAAAGCUGAAGGAGGAGAAGCUGAAGGAGAUGAAGGUGAGGAUUGUGAAGCUGGAGCGAGAGAACGAAGAAAUGAAAAGAAAAGCGAAAGAAGGAGAAGAAGAGCUCCACAAACAGGGCAGAGCUCUGAGAGAGAGGGAUCAGGAGACGCUCCGACUGAGAGAAACGAUGGAGAGAAAAGAGAAAGAGGAGAAGGAGAAGAUGCAGAAGAAGCAGGACGAGGCGAAGAACCUGAUGGAGAAACUUCAGGAGAAUCUGAGAAAUGCAAAGUCAGAGCUGGAGAACGAGAAAACUCUGCGCCAAGAGAAGGAAAAAGAGCUCUCGGACUGUAAACAUAGACUGCGACUGGAGAAGACCAGAGGAGACGGAGGAGAAGAUAAGGUGCGAGAGGUGGAGGAGAAAAGCGAGAGGCUGAUGGAGGAAGUGGAAGUGCUGAGAGGAGAACUGGACCAGCGUUCUAGAGAGUUAGCAAGGCAGUCGCGCUUGCUGAGGGAGAGUGACGGAGAACUCAGGAGGCUGAAAAUGAGAGUGGAGGAUGGCGAAGAAGAGAAAGAACAAGUGAAGAAGUCUCUGAGCCAGAUGGAAGGGGAGGUGAAGCGGCUGGAGGUUCAGCUGAGAGAAUGGAGAGCAGAAGAAAAUAAUGUGAGUUCUAGAUUAGAGGAACUUCAGCGAGAACAUGACCACCUGGAGGAGGAAGUGAAGAGGAAGGAGCGAGAGAUUGGCGCUCUGAGGGAGGAGAACCUGAGAGAGACGGAGAGGAUGGGUUCAUGUCUGAAACAGAAAGAGGAGGAGGUGAAGAAGGUGAGCGAGAAGAAGGAGGAGAUGGCCAAAAAGGUCGAAACCCUGAGGCGCGAGGUGAGGUCGCUGUCUGAGAACCAGCAGUUGGAGAAGGUGAAGGUAAAGGAGCAAGAGGAGGAGAAUAAGAAGAUAAGAGAAGGUCUGAAGGCUGGACUGCAGGAGAUGGUCAAUCUGAAGGAGCUCCUGGAGGAGAGCCACCGUGAAGGAGAACGUUUGAGGAAUGUUCUGAAGGAGAAGAAGGGAGAACUGAUGAGAGGAAGAGAGGAGGAUGUAAGGGCAGCUCGACAGGAGGCAGAAGAUCUAAAGCUCAGGGUUCACAGCCUGGAGAAGGAGAAUCAGGGCCUUCAGGUGAAGCUGCAGCUGCAAGAGUCUGAACUGAAGGAGGAGAAGAAGAACAGUGGAGAACAACACAGGAGGAACUUUGAAGAACAUCUGAACUAUUUAGAGUCUAAAUCAAAGCUGAAAGAUGGAGAGUUAGUUAGAGAACAAGGCAGAAUAAACAGACUGGAGGAACAGGGGACCCAUCUGAGCUGGGCGGUGGAGGAGAAGACCAGAGACGUGGAAGAGCUGAGAAUCAGAGUGGAGGAGAGGAUUCAGCAGCUGAGAGACCUGGAGGAGAAGAUGGAGCUGCUGAAGAAGGAGGAGAAGGAAAGGCAGAGUGAGCUGGAGGAGAAGGAGAGAGGGGUUGAACUCCUCAGAGAGGAAGUGAGAGAGAAGGAGAAGGAGGUAGAAGAGAUGAAGAAGAAGAGAACGGAGGAGAACGAGGGGACAAGCCAAGCACUGGAGGAACAGACAGCAGAGGAACCAGCCUUGCAGGGUGAGGACCAGGAGCGGGUGGACAACCAGCUGAGAGACAGAGAGUUGGAGGUGUUUUCUCUGAGAGAGAGAGUGGAGGAGCUCGGCAGAGACAGGGAGAGGAUGAGGAGCGCUCUGGAGAACACGGAGGAGAAACUGAUCGAGUAUAAGGAGAGACUGCAGCAGGUGGAGAAGGAGAAACCCAGCAGGGCCAAGGACUGUGAGGAUGAGAGUGUGGAGAGAGUCACAGCCCUGCAGAGAGCCGUCGCUCAGCUGGAGCUCCAGCAGAGGGCGCUGCAGCAGAGAAACGGCCGUCAGGAGCAGCGCAUGGAGAGGCUGAAGAGUGAGAGACAGCAGCUCCGCCUCACUCUGCAGCAGGUGGAGCUGGAGAGGAACAAAUUGAAACAGCAGCUUUCUCAGUGCGACUCUGGAACCCAGCAGGAUGGGAUCAUCUCGACUGAAGCUGAUGAGCUGAAGACGCUAAGAGAACAGACCAGUGACUUGACACAGCAGGUUGAACAUCUGCGUCUGCUGCUGGCGCUGGACCAUCAGGAGCGUGUCCAGUUCAUUGACCGCUCGGUGAGGAACAGCGAGAGCCUGCAGUCUCUGAGAGAAGACCUGAGCCGGUCUCUCGCCGUCGUGUCGCAGCAGCUCGUUCCGCCGGUUCUGCGGUCCGAAACGGAGCGACUGGACCGCAGUAUCAGAGAGGAGGAGCACCGUCUUUCUCUCAGCCAGAACUAGAGAGAGAGAAUGACCCUGGACAUUUUGCACUGGGAGUGAAGCAGUCAAUGCUUCCUGAUUGUAGCAGCUCCAGAUGGAGUCUCAACGCUUCAGUGUUCAUUAACUGUGUAUAAGACAGACGAAUGUUUCUCCAUGACUUACUGUUUCACCCAAUGACACACCUGUGUAUUUAUUUUUUAUAUUUAUAUUUAUUUUUAAUACGUGAAUGUCUGAUGCUGCUCACUUAUUUCUGUAUUUACUGAAAGGUAAAGUGACCGUGGAAUAAAAGUGCCAGCUGAUUA